CUGUGGGGACCGACGUCCGCUCCUCUCCCACACUGCAGGACCUCUGUGCUGUAGUUGGGCUGGCCCAACUAUACCACUCUAGCUGGGACGGUCCGAACUAUAGUUGGGACUGAUGCCAUGUUGUUGGGGCGUAACAGUUGUUGUACCAGAGCCGUCCUUUUAUCGACACCAACUGUGGGAUUUACGCGUGAUAUUAAAAUGGCAGACAAGGGACCGAACGGUGAAGAAACUCUUCAGCAGAAACAUCGAAAGGAGAGAAAAGAGCUCCAAGAUACAAGCAUUGAAGCGCUCAAUUCCUAAAGGAGAUAAGAAGAAGAAGAAGGAAGUGACAGCAGAAAUCGCCAAUCUAGAAUCGGACCUCAAUCAAAGGCAAGAAGAGGAGCUUGGUGCGUUUAGAGAAGCAGAGAAAGGGGACACAGAUGCUGAGACAAAGGCCAAUGAGAGCUUACCGGAGCAAGUCAGCAACCUGAGCAUAGGAGAGAGUACAAAUACACAACCCACCCGAAUAAGCAAAGCGCAAAAAAGACGGGACAAGAAAGCGGCCAAGGAGAAGGAAUGGGAGGCUAGGGCUGCAGAAGAUGCAGCCAACUUGGAGUUCAGCUCCAGGAGGAUCGAGGAGAAGAAGAUUGAGGCUCUGUUAGCUGAGAGAGGGCUGCGAGUCAAGGAGAUAUCUUCAGAUGGACAUUGCCUAUACAAUGCAGUGCAGUAUCAGCUUCAAUUACAUGGACGGCAGGUUUCAAUGCAGCAAUUGAGGGAACAGGUUGCCGAUUACAUGCUGGCUCAUGCCGACGAUUUCAUGUACUUCCUCUCCAUGCCAGACUCGGGAGACCCGUAUACAUCAGAGGAAUACGAGAAAUACUGCAGAGAUAUUGCCACCACUGCAGCUUGGGGAGGUCAUCCCGAGAUCAGUGCAAUGGCUCAUAUCUUCAAGUUACCCAUUCAAGUGGUUCAGGCAGACAGUCCCGUAUUAACCAUUGGGGAAGAGUUCCAGCAAGAGCCGCUUGUUCUGUCGUAUCACCGACAUGCAUAUGGAUUGGGAGAGCACUACAAUUCCACAACACCCUCAUCACCUGCAGUCGGCCAACAGGCUGAUCAGCAAGAUCAACAAGAUCAACAGGAUCAACAAAAUCAACAGGAUCAAGCAUUAUAACGAUGGAUUGCAGGCAAGGCCUGCUUCAUUCUACGCUCAAUUUUUUUUUUUUUAAAUAUCACCUGAACCCAUCUUGACUGCUCUGCUAAGCAUCAGCUUUCCUGGUAACUGAAACCUGUGUGUGCAGUUAAAGCGCAUUAACCCAUUUCAUAGAGCUGCUGAAUACGAAUAGUUGCUAAGCACACAAAAUAUUUGCUUAGCAUCAGUUCAAAAGAUCGAGAGUAGAUUUCAGUUUGAAGUAGCGAUGGCUAUUUUCACGUAUCUUUAUUAUAAGGGAAUAAAAGUGUAACAUGGUGGUUUUAAACCAGUACAUUUAUAAACCGUCUGAGAGUCCCAGUGACAAUUCAGGGGCGUGCUUAUUGCUGACUGGUUGUAACCACUUCUGAGUUGUGGUUUAUCGCGACAGACUCUGCACCAAACAGUGUGUUCAAACUGUUUCAGGUAUUUAUGGAUAAUCAAUGUAGUCUCCAGAUUACUUCUACUACAGCUCUUAGCUAUACAUUGUGUAGUUAAAUAUUGAAAUGCCUGUUUGUAAUGUUCUAGCUUCAUAUGGAGAACUGCGUGUGCCUGAUAUCCUUGCACUGAACACUCCUUUUCUUCACGUUUUGCUGAAGAUCAGUCACAGUGAGUUGAAGUCACUUAUUCAGGUCUGCUACGGAUACUUUCAGUGUUUUCUUCCAUCCUAGUUAAAUUCCUAGGAAGUCAAAGAAGUUGUCAGGCUAUUGACAUGUUUUGACAGUUGGUGGCUGUAGUGUACUGAUUCAGGAGAACAUCAUUGUUCUGCUGUGGUGAUGUGGUGAAAGAAACCAAAGGAUUAUUUACAAGAAAUGCUUGUCGUGUCUGUGGUUUUCGUGACCUGAACAAGUUUUUCAAGCUUCAGCUGUCAUAUGAUGGCUCUCAGACAUGCAGAGAGUUCACCGACCUCACCGACUUCCAUUGAGCCAGUUUGGUGUUCCAACAGCAUAGUCCAAUGCAAGUCUACAUGUGUGGGAUAUAUUCUGUCCUAUCAAUACAGUCAUGAGCUUACUCACAACUGUCCAUAAAGACCCUGUCUUUUGAAACACUGAACUGAUUCAUGGAAUAAUUGCCAAUGCUCCAUGUAGCCACCAACAUGGAAGGCUGUACGUCUCCCUCAAGUGUCCUUAAGUGAAAUGAUGCUGUCUUCAUCACAGCAAGGCAAAAUGUUGGGAGUGCGGGAGCUCAACAUCAGUGUGGUUUGACUAUGUACCGCACAAUAAAACAACUGGUUAAGGAAAAGGUUGAAGAUCAGUGUAAUUAACCAAGCAGGUUAGCUGAUAAUGCAUUGUGCCAUCCGACAAAGCUCAAAUACAUGUACAUGCCACAAGGAUUGCGUCAUACAAUUUGCCCCUAUGCGUUUUUGAAAUAUGUGUCUUUAUAAUUCAGUGCUCUGGCCAGUAUAUGUUAACUGGUUCUUGAUGGCUGUCUCAACUCACGCAGUUCAUAUCAAUUGCUUUUAUUUCCAUAGGGAUUGUACAUGUCUUUGUAAAUCUUACUAUAUUUGGUUCACCAUAACGUUCCCACAGCAACGUUCUUGAGGAUGCAUCUUACUACAUAAGUCACCAAGCAGCCAAGAGAAAACAGACUUGAAACAAAAUAUUAAGUAUUUAGUUUUGGUGCACCACAAAGUGACCUAUCAUCCAUAGGCUUUGUAAAUGCAAUGUGACAGUCCCUGGUAGAGCAACUAUAUCCAUGAUACAUCAGUUCUUGGUGCAGCAGACGAAAUACAAGAAGAUACUUGUUCUUGAAUUUACCACUGCAUUGUGGAAAUAAACUCGUAUUAAAUAUGUCAAA